GUAUGCAGCCCAGUCCCAUGACAAGACUGCAAAGUUAGAGGUGAAGUUCAUCAACUCUUUUAAAGGUCGAGGUGUGUUUGCCAAGGCCCCAUUCCAAAAAGGAGAAUUUGUUGUGGAGUACAGAGGGGAGUUAAUAAAUUCUGAAGAAUCGGAAAGGAGGAGGAAGAUAUAUCAUAGAAGAUGUGCUGUGUUCAUGUUUGACCUCUACUGGAAAGAGAAAACAUGGUGUAUCGACGCAUCUAGAGAAGAUGGUACUCUGGGAAGAAUAGUCAAUGAUGACCACAAACAACCGAACUGCAAAAUGAAGAAGGUCUUAUCAGAGGGCAAGCCACACCUCUUUCUCUUUGCAUUGAAAGACAUUUCUGUUGGAGAAGAAAUUACAUACGACUAUGGAGGGACUGAUUGGCCUUGGAGGAAAGAGGUUGCUGGACAUUCAACUGUCGCUGUCACUGACACUUUUGAGGCUGAGAUCGCCAUGACUCCUGAGAAGGAUCCUCAGAGACCACCAUUCUUCAAGAGCCAGAAGUGA